AGCAGUGUUCAAUGUGGUACGUAGCCUGAGGAGCAAAAUAGCAAGUUGUUAUUUUCUGUGUUUUCCGAAAUCAUAAUGACGACGCAUUGAUUACUGGCAAAGCAAUUAGCAAAGUGGUCAAUUCAUCGUGCUAAAAACAAGUGCGAGGGAUUUGGACCGUUACACGCCGCACAGACAUGGACGAAUCACUGUCCGAGGAUGACAGCUCUCUGGACCGAUACGAAGAUCUGGGCUUCAGGCCCCAGAAGGUCCUCGAGUACAACACACUUUUGCCGUACAGUGACAAACUGGACAAUGAGUCCAACCAUAUCCUGGCCACCAUCAAAGCCAAUCUUGGAAGGGCUGUCAUGCUGCGGGAGAUUUGUCCCGGCUGUAGAGUCUGGACGGCAAGAUUAGUGAAAUAUUGCAGGCUGUACGGUCUGAAGUUUACAAAAGAAGACCACAUCGCAUUUGUAAAGAUGCUUUAUGAGCUGGUGACAUUGCCUAAACUGGAACCCUACCUCGUCAAUAAGUUUGCCGCUUGCCUGCUGGAACUCAUCAGGUAUAAAAAGUACCUUAACUACAAGGAAUUGACUUUGCACUGGAGACCCCUUUAUGAAGUGCGCAAAAGGAUCAUUGAAGAUUCGCACGCUGAGCUCGGAAUGUACAGAUAUUUCACUGACCUGGAUAGCACUUUGAAUGCAUUGAUCAGAGAAGCCUCAUACUACUUUCCUCCAUCAACCACGCAGGAAGUAUUGGAUUUGUUCCGUCCCCGUUUGUGCCCGUUCGAUAGCUCAACCGCCAGAGGUAUGGAGGGCCUGAAUUUGUUUCUGCCAACAAUGCCUCGUGACGACAUGGAAGUGCAGGGCUUCCACCUUUGGUUGGAUGAGUUGACGCACUUUUGGGAAGUGUGCAACAAUGCGACCAAUUUUGAAUCAGAACUGAUGUGGCUGCUUUCGCGAGUGGCGAGACUGAACAUUGGUCACAUUGACUGGGAGCCGCACAUGGCCUUGAUGUUCACCAGAUUCCUCAGGUCGCUGAACCUGCCAGUUCUGUACAAGAAAAUGCAUCCAGGCAGAAUACACAAACUGGACACCUCUGCAAUCUGCCAGUGGAUGGUCUCCACUAUGGGCGGAAAUUGUAGCACGUACAAAUACCUAGAGAAGUUUGUGAAAACUUUAGAGACGUAUUUGCAGCCAGCAAACUACGGCCGCUGGGUCUUGAAGCUCAGAGAACUGAUAAAGCGCCUUAUUUCGUGCUUCAUGAGUCGGCUGUACAGGGAGAGGGUGAGGAGGCGCCGAUGGGAGCCGCAGAUCCCUGAAAGCCAUUUGCUAACUGAAGAGGACGUGACCAAAUUUGUCGAAAUUAUGCAGCCCAUCACAAUGCAGGCCAUGUAUUCAAAAGCAGGCUGCUUGGACAUGGUUCAGCCGCUGCAAAUCCUUGCUACUCUGAGGCCUAACCUUGUUGUUCCAACAGUGAUUGAAAAGAUGUACUUGAACCUGGACUCAAUCACUGAGCCGCACAAACUGACCACUGCAAUGAUGUGUGUGGUGGCUGUGGGUCGACCCAUGCUGGAGCAGACCAGCGAUUACAAAGACGGCAGAAGUCACGUUUUGCCUUUGUUGAUGUCCGUGUUGCCAGGAAUCGACCCCAACGACUCCUUCAAGUGCUUCAUAACUUUCCAGUUUAUCUCCACCUUCUCAACUAUGGUGCCUCUCGUAGACUCGUCAAGGGCUUACGAGCACUUUAAGGACCUGACUGAGGAGGAGGAACUUCUUUGUGCUGCCUCGUCUGGCUUUGAAGACUUUGUGCUUCAGUUCAUCGACAGAUGUCUGAGUCUCAUUGAAAGCAGCUCUAUCGACCAGUCUCGCAUAGAGCAAGAGUCAGACAAGUGGGAGAGCGAGACCCUGACGGAGAGUGCCAUCCUGUCAACUGUGAUUGCCGUGCUCACGCAGACUUCGCCCUCUAUCUUCCAGCAAGCACUGCGAAAAGUGUACCAGUUCGUCAUCAGCCGAAUUUUGGAAACCACUGUCGCUGGUAUCCUGCUCGCUGUCCUCUGCCAGGCGUUCGCGAUGGUCAACGCUGAAGACACUCUCAAGUUGCUGGUGCCCUAUCUUUGCAGCGAAAUCAUGCAAGGAACAGAGUCGGAAGAGGUCAUCAAAGAGCCGCACCUGAAUAAUGAGUUGCUCUACCAGCUGCAAAUCCUUGCAGAGGUUGUUUGCUGUGAUGGGUCUUACUUGGUGCCGCACAUGCCUCAACUAACCCAAGUUUUGGAUCGAACGCUUCACCUGGUCAGCAAAGAGGGGCAGCACUCCUCUGGUCGACUGCUGAGCCACAUUCUCGAUUCGAUGGUCAAUAUGAAGCCAACAGACUACAGAAGCGUCAACUACAAGUUCUCUGAGCCAAUCAAAGAUCACCUUCCAAUCAGGGACUGGGCGAAACCAGUAAGCAUAUUUGACAUGACGGUGAGCUGGCACAUUCCUUCGGCUGAAGAAAUCAGGUGCGUCCAGGAACUCAUCAACCGAUUUUUGCCUCCAGAGCUGGAAAAAAUUGGCAAGUUUGUGGAUGGAUCUCUCAGUCUCUCUAGGGAUGAACUUCAAAGUUCUUUGAACUUAUUGAUGUCGAUCCUUGCUGGCAGACCUUUGCUGCCCGUUUGGAAGGAGGAGCCGAUCAACGUGAAGGAGAGUGCUGUUGAUUUGAAGGCAUUUACCUACACAACUGGUUGUGACGGAGUAGAAAUUACUAUGCCUGAUGGAAGCAAUGUGAGGCAGCAAGUGGCCAAAGUAAUGGUCCAACUGCAAAGCAAGCUGUUGGAAUCUCACGAGGACGACACCCGCUCUUUCUUCCUUCUCAUCAGCAUUUACGAGUUGCUUCUAUGCAACCAAGGUGCUUCUAAAUCUGACUUCAUGCAUCACUGGAAAAACUACUCUUUCAUAAAGCAACUGCUUGACAACAAGCUGGCUAGCGGCUCCAAGAGACAGCUGCGUAGAAUGGUGAUUGACCGGGCGGUUCUGCAACAAAAGCAGCGUCUCAGCGAGGCCAGCGCCUCGGUUGUGACGGAAACGCAUCGGCAAAUUCUGCUGGCCCUCUUACAGUUGGCAACCAGCCAGUAUAGUGAAGUCAGAGGAAAAGCUCAAGGCUCUUUGUCAAUGUCCCUUGAGCUGUUCAGCUUCUCUUACCGACUGCUGAUGCCAAAAAUUACUGAAUACCUCAAACUCGACUCCAACAAAUGUCACGAUCAAUUCAAGGGAGCACUUUAUGUAUUGCUUGGCCCAAAGCAAAACCCACUGAUUUCUAAGCACAACUGGGAGGUGCUGUCAGAUUUGUGGUUCGCCCUGGUGACAGCAAAGCCGUCUGAGAAGAAUUCUGUGAUCCGCCUAAUGGAGAAGCUAGUUGAAAGUGUUCACAAACAUUUCCCCACCAUCACCAUUCAACUUGAGGUUCCACACAAGUGUUCUGAGACUGGCAGAGCCCUUUGGGAUUCGGUGCCCCUUCCAAAUCAGCCUGUUCCCUCGGAAGCCGAACUUGAGCAAGGAAAGUUGGCGCUGGAGCAACUGUGCAAAGCCAAGGAGGAAAAGUACACCAGUCUAGUCAACAAAUUGCUAGACGCCAUCGAAUCUGGAAAUUUGCACUGGCGAUACAAUGACAUGGCUGUCAGUUUUCUAAGAGAUUUGGUUCACCCAGACGUCCCUUUCCCGUCACGAGCGGUCAAGUUCUUCCUGAAAACGCUGAUUCACGAUACAAUUCAUCUCAGAAAGCUGGCCAUCGCAAGCAUAGUGUUUAUUCUACAGCAGCAGAAAAAAGACCAUGUCAAAGUUGAAGUUGACCCACAUUCUUAUUCAAAAGACAAAGGCCUAUCAAUUGUGGAGAGUGACGAGGAAGAGAGGCAAAUUUGCGUCAAACCAGGUGACAGAGAAGACAACAGUUGGCUCCAGUAUGAUUACCAAAGCAGACCAUUGACCCAGGAGCAGUGGGAAAAGACAAGAUACCAACACAGGACAUACCUGGGCUACUACUGCUGGCCAAAGAAAGUGGAGGUUUAUGCUCCAUACAGCAAGCAACCUUGCUUGGACAGAACUGAAGAAGAAAUGGAGGAAGCAGAAAUUGACGUGUUUAAGUUUUUCAACACCCAGGCCAAUAUUGACAAAUUCAUUGAGUAUUUAUCUCUGGAGGAAAAGAAGGGCAGGGACAAAUUCAACAGCAAGAGAUACAUUCUAUUUAAGAAUUUGUUCCGCAAUUAUGGCGAUGCUCACUUAAAACUGUUUCUACCUCAUCUCAAACGAUUGGUUGUGGACAAAAACGAGAGUAGUCAGAGGUGUGCAUCGGAAAUCAUUGCUGGCAUCAUCAAGGGCUCCAAACAUUGGCCUUAUGACAAGAUAGAGCCUUUGUGGAAGGAGCUGAGCCCGAUUAUCAGGAGUGCCUUGUCUAGCAUGACCGUGGAGACUGUCGGAGAUUGGGGCAUUUGCUUUGCAACAGCAGCUGAAAGUCGCGAUCCAAACCGCCAGCAUUGGCUGUUGGAGGUUCUGAUGGAGGAACCACUGAGAGAAGAAGCUGCUUUCAAAGACUGCGGGAGGCUGUAUGCGCUGCAAGGUGCCUUGAACCAACACGAGUGGCGCAUUCCCGAACUUCUGCACCGGUUGCUAGCCUACAUUAAACCCUUCCUCACGCACCCAUUCCAGAAUGUGAGAGAACGGCUGGGAAGUGUGUUGACCAACAUUUUUAACUUGGACGUAAUCCUUUGCAAGCAAAACUCUACAAAAUCGCCACACAUUGAUGAGUUUGUCGAGGAGGUUCUCCCUCGCCUACAGAUUUUGUGUGCGAAUGGACCCAAAGACAUUGAGGGCAAAAUGGAGGUUGACCCUCCAGGCAGUCCUGGCGAAUUGAGCACAACAACGAACCUGAUGGCCAAUGUUGAACUCUCUGUGGAGAACAAAGGACCCAGAGACCUGGCCCUGAGACUCCUGAAGACUGUGUGCCAGUGGUCUUCUGGUUGCAUUCUGCGCUCUUGUUUUGGGGUUAAACCAGCGUUUUACAAGUUCUUCCCUAUCGUGUGUUUGAUGGAGAGUUACGAAGGAGAUGACGAGAUUAGCAAAUGCUGCACAACCUUCUUGGCCUACUUGGCUUUUUCGCUCACCCCUGCCGACGUCAUUCCCACAGCUCUGGCGACCAUCAGAUCUACUCUAAAACUGGGUUCUUGGAAAGCAAGGAUGACGUGCUUGGACUUUUUACAAGUUCUCGUCUUCCACAACAUGCCAAAUUUCUUGAGCAAUGACGCUUGGGUCAAAGAGGUGUCAUCCCUUGUGUUGACCCUGAUGAAAGACGAGAGGUUGGAAGUGAGAGAGAAGGCUGCUCAAGUUCUGGGUGGCCUGUUGCACUGUGAUUUCAUUUCUUCUACCGACGAACUACUUAGACAAUUUGCCAAACAAUCAAAAACCAAACUGAAGAGAAGCAGCGCGUCGGACAACAUUUACGUCGAGUCUGUGAUCAAGCGACACUGUGGAGUGCUAGGCCUGUGCGCGUUCAUCGACGCCUACCCUUAUGAAGUUCCCGACUUCAUUCCUGACGUCUUUUCGGCCCUCGGCGACCACCUGAACGACCCCCCGCCAAUUUCGACGACCAUCCGCAAGUCACUUGGAAAUUUCAAGAGAACUCACUUGGACAACUGGCAGAAUCACAAACUCAAGUUCUCGGAAGAUCAGCUUUGUCUGUUAUCUGAUCUUCUCAUACCACCCACUUAUUACGCCUAGUUAAUAUUUGUAAAGUUUUGACAUCGCAUAGUUUGAAGAUAUGCGCAAAGUGGUUGUGGAAGCCGUUCUAAGAUUUUUAAAGCAAAAUUCACUCUUAGCUAAACUUUGUUUUUAUGGGGGGUUUGGCAAGUCGUGCACAUGUUCCAACAAAAUAACACUUUUGGGUCGUUUCCGUGCAAGUGUGAAAUGAAUUAUUCUCGUGUUUAUUUAUCCAACUACUUGUUGCUAUCAUCGGUUUAUGCUGUUACUUAUGACGCGUAUUAUUGUAACAAAACCUAUUCAAUCAAUAAAAUAUGAUUUUUACGGAACGAA